GUCUUUCACAUGUAUAUAUCAGCAGGAGUGACCCAGAAACAGACGUACACUGAAGUCGGGAGUCAAUGUGCAGGUUGUGCGGGAUUUUGGAAGGUUCAGAGGUUCUAAUGCAAAUCGCAGCAAGCCGUUGAGUUAACGAGAAGCUAACAACCAGGAGGAUACACGAGCAGCGCAGAAGACCAUGGCUGACCACUUAAUGAUGCCAGUGAACCAUGGGUCUGGAGGUGGUGGUCUGCACGGAUAUCGUAUGGGAAUGAACCCUGGCAUGCAGGGACCCCCACAGCAUCACCCACAGCAGGUUGGCCUCAGGGGGGUCCCUACUGGUCAAAUGAUGCACUAUAAUGGGAGCCCUACUGGUGCAAUGGAGUCUGUUAUGCGGCAACGGCCCAGCAUGGUCAACGGAGGGCAGAUGGGACAUCCCCACCAUCAAAUGGCUAGCAGUCUCAUGUACAACGGGCAGAAUCAUCACAUGCAGCAGCAGCAGCAUCAGCAGCAUCAGCAGCAGCAGGCACACCACGUCUCGCACCCGCAGCAGUUCAUUGGAGGAGGUGGUGGCGGACUCACUUCACAGCAGCUCAUGGCUAGCAUGCAUUUGCAGAAACUCAACAACCAGUACCAAGGACACCCUGUCAUGUCUAUGAAUGGGAACAUGGCUUCAGGUCCCCCUUACAGAAUGCCACCAAGUCAGCUGGCGGUGGGCAUGCAGCACAUGUGCCCUCCAGCUCUGACACUCAACAUGAUGGACUCUGAUCUGGUAGAUGAGGACGUCUUGACAUCUCUCGUCUUGGAACUGGGCCUGGAUCGCAUCCAAGAGCUUCCGGAACUGUUUUUAGGUCAAAAUGAGUUUGAUUUCAUCCCAGACUUUGUCAGUAAACAGCAGCCGAGUACAGUGAGCUGUUGAGGGCCGAAAAUGUGGGUGGGUGGGUGGGCGGGGUUUCCUGGAUGAGAGCCCCAGGAAUGAUGAGCCUGACCGGACAAUCUGUUUUGCUGUUUUUAAUUUAUGAUACUAGUAAUUAGAAUAAAAUGAUUUGCACUGGAUAGCCACUUCAGGAGUCUUGGCGCUUCCGGGAUACAAUUUCAUGUUACUCUUUUGGUCAGAGGUUGCACUCUUCUUUGUCUUGGUGGCUGAACAAUUUUGUUUCCCUCAGGCUUCACAUUAAGACAAUGGCUAAUGGCUCUGCUGGAAGGACGACUUCAGUAAGAGCCUACUGUGUUUGCGUGUGCGCGUUUUUUUUUUUUGUAAUUUUUAUUUAUACAUUUUAUUGUACAACAGUAAGCACAUUAUGUGCUCGACUGGAGAAGAAUGGUAGACUUGUGUCUUCAUCUCAUUCGACACAAAAAGAAAAGCAAAGCAUCGUACUGUUGGUGCACAAGUAAGUGAAGAAUGUGGACUAUUUCUGUGAGAACUAGUGGAGUGUGUACACCGGUGACCGCUGAAUUAACGUGGAGGUGCAACCCCCCCAGUUUAGCCGGUUUGCUUCACGUUUAAAAGAUGCCUGUACAAUUCCAUGUUUGUCCACAAGGGGAUGCACUUGACACCAUAACUGGAUCCAUUUACCUUGAACCUUCUCCCAUUGCUCUGUUCUUGUGGACACUCUCCAGGGUUCUGCUCCAGUGUCUGUUUUUUUUUUUAAUCCCCCCCCACAGUGUUCAGAGCCAUGCUGAAGGCUGUUUUUUAA